AUGUGCCUUUUAUGCAACAAAGUUUUGGGCAAUGACGCUAUGAAACCAUCUAAACUGCAAGAUCAUCUGAGAAGAUGCCACCCUGAUAAAACAGAGAAAAAUUUGAAAUACUUUCAAACACUCAAAGAUAAAUUUCAGAAGAGACCUACACUGGACAGAAUGUUCGCUUCGACGUCACAAAGAAAUGAUGGUUUGCGGGCGUCUUACAAUAUCUCGUUACUUAUAGCAAAAUUCGGAAAACCGCAUACUAUCGGAGAGAAGUUAAUUUUGACAGCCGUUGAAGAGGUUUUAAAAACUGUUUUACACAAACCUGCAUCUGAUAUCGUUAAAAGAAUUCCCUUAAGCAGCAAUACUGUUGAAAGACGUAUUGAUGAAAUGAGUUCUGAUAUUGAAAGCUUCUUAUGA